AGCUAGAUUGCUAUGGAAACUGAAAAGUUUGCAAGCCGGUGAGCUGUCAGAACAGCAAUUUCAACUUAGUUUUUAUUUAUUUUGUAUGGUUAUUUAUUUAGUUUUUCAAAGCGAGUUAAACCGGCAGAUUUAAGAAUAAUACAGCAAACGUCAGUUGAUAUUAUAAAUUUCAAUGGAUUCUGAAAGAUAUAUAUUCGAGGCAGAAUGGUUUGAUAAAGUGGCUUGUGUUGUAAAAAAAUUCUUAUUGUACUACUAUGUUUCCGACAAUUCUGUAGAACUGUAUGAUUUAAAAACAAAAAAAACUUUUUUGAGAAGAACAAAAUGUGAGGGAGUCGAAGAAAAAGAUUUUUAUGUUGGAGCACUAAUUACGAUAUUUUCUCGAAGCAUGAGGCUCAUAAAUUUUGCAGACUGCAACACAAAAACUAAGUUAUCUUCCAAAGCUCAAAAAACACUUGCAAUCAUAAUGCCAGACAUUAUCGAUAAAAUGGGAGAAAUUCUAAAAAAAAUAGCAGCCCAGGACUUGCAUAUUGGAAACAUAAAAAUGGUCAAUUUUACAAAAGAUUCUGCGAUAGAAUUUUACAAGGGAAAAUCAGGAAGUGACUUGUCGAGGACAAUAAAUUAUGUCAUUUCCGGUCCAAUUGUCGCAAUCGAAUUAUUAGGAGAAGAUUGUGUUGCUCGAUGGCAGGAAUUAACAGGUCCAAAUGAUAGUUCUGAAGCUCGAGAAAAAGCUCCUUCUUCUAUAAGAGCUUGUUAUGGAAAAGAUUUUGUCCAAAAUGCAGUUUAUGGUUCAGCUGAUGUAAAAUCUGCUGAUAAGGAACUCAAGUUUUUCUUUCCUGAUCCAAAAUGCGAAAGAAAGGGUUUUAAAAAUACCGCCACGUUCGAAGAUUGUACCUGUUGCAUAAUUAAACCUCAUGCUUUGCAGUCGAGGCUCACAGGCCACAUUGUUGAUGAUAUACAAAAAGCUGGUUAUCUCAUUACUGCAAUCCAAUUAUUUCACGUCGAUCCAAUCAACGUCGAAGAAUUUUUGGAAGUCUACAAGGGAGUUCUUCCGGAUUAUGGGGCAAUAGUAGCAGAAUUGCAAUCCGGGCCUUGCAUAACCAUGGAAAUAAAGCACAAAGAUAAAACAGUUAAUGUUCCAGUCGAGUUUAGAAAAUUAUGUGGGCCCAUGGAUCCGGAAAUAGCGAAGCAUGUGAGGCCUGACACUUUACGAGCUAAAUAUGGAAAAACAAGAGUACAAAACGCUGUUCACUGUUCAGAUUUACCAGAAGAUGGAUUACUUGAGGUGGAGUAUUUUUUCAAGAUCCUCGACGAGAGUUAAAAAUGAAUGAACCAAUGUACUUUAAUAUUUUUAAUAAAUAUUUUCGAAAAUUGUUUAAUA